UGUGUUUUUUUUUUUUUUUUUUUUUAAUGCUACCCUGCCCAAUAAAUAAAGCAGCAUGCUGCGUGAUCACGUGUUUCUAUCUGCGCCUCGCUUCUCGAGUGGGUAACGCGUCACGCAGUCCUUUGUGACGUCCUCAGCGAGCGGCGUGGAGACUCGGGGUGGGCUCGCCGCGCUGUUUGUUUACAAGCUGCAAAGAAACGAGAGAAUUUGCAGUGGAAGCGGAGCCUUGAUGUUUGUGCCCUGGGUCCGCGUGUCUGCCUGUGUUCCUCGGUGUCUGGCGGAAGACGGCCCCUCAUGUCCGGGUAUUUCGAGGAGGGCUCGCUGUACCAGCCGCGGAUCAAGCUGGAGUCCCCGGAGACAGACCGCGGCGAGUCGGAGGAGGAUUCGGGGGAGAUGCAAGUGAAAGACGAGGAGGGGGAGGCGAUGGAGCCCGGGAAAGCGGGCGGGGGGUUACCGUUCAACGUGGUGGUCGUGCACCCCAGUGUCGUGGGAACGGGGUACAGUCACCAUGACAACAGCAGCAGCAGCAGCGCGCAGCAGUCACCAGCAGGGCUAGCCCCCAAGAAGCGGCGCAUGCGUUUCUCGGAGGUGGAGGGCCAGGUGGUUCUGACCCAGGUGGCGGAGCGCUGGGACGAGCUCCACGGGCAGAAGAGCAAGCUCUUGUUCCGGGGCGGGAAGAAGCAGAUCUGGAACGACAUCGCCCGGCUCGUCACGGCCAAGUCCCGGCGUGUGCGCUCCGGUGAGGAUGUCCGCAAGAAGUGGACCUCGGAGAAGAAGCUGCUGAAGGAGAAGGGGGCCAGCCUGCUGCGAGCGAGUGCCCACGGGACCCGGGGCAUGGCGGGGCAGCUCGGCGGGGGCGGCGAGGCGGGGGUGCAGUUCACUGCCCUGGAGCAGCGGCUCUGGAGCCUGAUGUGCAGCACCUUCGGAGGGGGGGCCGACCUGACCGAGGCCUGCAUGGUGGGGAGGCUGGACGUGCCCGAGAUCGGCUUCGGUAAGAGUCUGGUGUAACACAAACACACGCUUCACACACGCCACGCACACAGAAACACGCUACACACA